CAUUACCUAGCUAUUUUCUACAUAGUACACACGGUUAAUGUUAAUGCUUGUUUUCAGUUUUACGAAAUCUUAAAUUAUUAAGUUUAUUGAGUUUAUUUAUUUUAUACCAUGGAAGCUACUGGACAAGGUAUUACAUACCGCGAUUUAUUCAAUGCGCUGAGAUGUCCACAACGUCCGCGACAGUUAAAUCCGUGUUCCGUCGACAGUCGUUCGUUCUUAUUCGAUUACAUUAAAAACAAUAUUAAAUAUUCUAUUGAUGAACAAUAUGAAGCCGCAUUGAAUGCAAAAAUUUUGGCAUAUACUACUACAUUAAAUCGUAAAUGGUCAGCGGUCAAUCGUACUGCAAGUACAUUUAUUUCAAAAUACGAGGGAUGGUUAGAUACUAAAUUUGAUUUGCCAAAAAAAGAAAAAAAAGCUGUUGAUCUUCGUGGUCGUCCAUCAAAGCCAUUUUCAGACUUAUCUGAAAGAGCUAAAAUUCGUAAAGUUAAACCAUUAGUGGAGACAAUAUCACCAGAUAGAUUACUUCGUGCAACAAGAGUAUCACUUUUUAAAAAAGGUAAACAUGCAGCAGCCGAUUUAUUGAAACAGUCAACUGAAUACUCUCCAAGUCGUCCUGCAAAAAUUAGGAAAACUUUUCGUGAAUCCUUAGGAAAAAAUAAUAUUAUAGUACCAUAUACCGUAGAUGAAGCGCUGGCUCAUAUGGUUAACUGUCGUAUGACAAAAAAUGUGUAUCACCAGACUCGAUUAGGUUUAAAAGAACAUGGGGUAAAUGUGUAUCCUUCAUAUGAUCGAAUACGUGAAGCAAAAAAAUUGUGUUAUCCUGAGGAUAUAGAAAUAUAUGAAUUUGCUGAGUUUAUUUUUAAAUGGGGGUGUGAUGGAAGUUCUGGUCAAACCGAAUAUCACCAAGCAUUUACCCAGAAUAAAAAUUUAACCCUAAAUGAUCCACAUUCAAAUAGUGAUGGAGAUAACGACACUGAUGACAGUGAACAAAAUUAUGAACAAGAUGUAGAAUAUACCGAUGCAAAUAUGUUUUUAUUUUCGCUUGUUCCUUUGCGAUUAACUUUUGGUAUGACUGAUGACACAAAUGAUAUUUUAUGGAAAAAUUUAACACCAUCUUCCACACGUUACUGUAGACCCAUCAAAUUUUUGUAUAAAAAAGAAACAAAAUAUAAUACUUGCAAAGAAGUUGAGGCAAUUGAAAAUGAAAUAAAAGCAUUAGUCCCAAUUGAAAUUGUUUUAAAUAAUAUUUCUGUUCCUGUUCACUGUAAAUUAGUUAUGACAAUGGUAGAUGGAAAAGUUAUAAAUAAUUUAACUGAUACGUCAAGUCAAAGAUGUUUUAUUUGUAACUGUGGACCCAAAAUAUGA